GAGAGAGAUGAACAUUCUUCAGCCCGGCCCGAAUUAGAAUGCCGGCCCAGCGAGACUCGAUCGGACACGCCGCAAUGCAACCGCAAAGCCUGGAGAAUUUGUCCGAAACGCAUGAUCCGGCCGACCUCCCCACUCGAGCAACAAUGGAGUCCAUCCACAGAGCUUCCCUCCAACUCCGUCUGCUCCCUCUCUCUCUCUCCCCAACUCCCUCAAGAACUAUCGUUUUCCGUACACUACUCGAUCCCGCAAUUCGGCGACGCAGUACGGGCUCGCCUCCCAAGUUCAACCUCAUCUUCACGCCUCGGAGACGUUACAGCAACCCUUCUUCGACUGCGAGGGCGGGAUGGCUUCUGGGUCUCGCAGGGGACAAGAAGGUAAACGUGGGCCUGCCCGAUAUCGUGAAAGCCGGCGACCCUGUCCUGCACGAGCCAGCCGGGGAAGUCGACCCGGCGGAUGUCGGGUCGGAGAGGAUACAGAAGAUAAUCGACGACAUGGUGAUGGCGAUGAGGAAGGCCCCCGGCGUCGGGCUCGCUGCUCCUCAGAUUGGCAUUCCUUUGAGGAUUAUAGUGCUAGAAGAUACGAAGGAGUACAUAAGUUAUGCACCUAAGGAAGAGACUAAAGCACAAGAUAGGCGCCCAUUUGAUCUCCUGGUAAUCUUGAACCCAAAGCUAAAAAAGAAGAGCAAUAGGACUGCCCUUUUCUUUGAGGGCUGCCUGAGUGUUGAUGGAUACAGAGGAUUGGUGGAAAGAGAUCUUGAUGUGGAGGUUACGGGAUUGGGUCGCGAUGGUAAGCCUAUCAAGGUUGAUGCUUCGGGUUGGCAAGCUAGGAUAUUACAGCACGAAUGCGAUCAUUUGGGCGGAACUCUCUAUGUGGACAAGAUGGUUCCAAGAACAUUCAGAAUUGUGGAGAACCUGGACUUACCUCUUGCGGAUGGGUGCCCCAGACUAGGUGUACGUGAUUCGUGAUCAUAGCCAAGUAGGAAAAAGGAACCAGUCCAUGUUGAGCCGAUCGUGUAUCAUGCUUUCGAUGAUCCACAAUAUGGCAGGUAAAAGAUGCACGCCUCGACAAGAUGGCUGGCUGGACCUCGCGCAUGGUCUAAUAUGGCUGCUGAGGACGCAUGCACACGGUGACCACACGGCAGACAAGGUAUGACAUUGACCGGCGUCUUCGUGGCACGUCUUGCACUUGCGUUCAUCAUCGAAAAGUCCAAGCCAAGAGAGACCCGUUUUUCAAAACUCGAACGACCUUUCUUUUCGGUUGUUGUUGGACUUGCACGCCUUGCACUUGCACUCGCCCCUCUUCACUCAUCUUUUAUAAAAGGUUCUUUGUUUUUUUCAUUUUCCAUGUUUGGAGAUAAAAUUAGGGGAACUUAGUGGCAAUGGGGGAUUGGAAGAUGGUGGUGGAGGUUCUCUUAUUGGGGUGGUCCAUAGAUGAGUCGUCCUAUAUAAUACCACCCAUCACAUUGAUUGAUUCAUU